AUGUUCAACCCCAACAUCCCCAUCACAGGACACCACGGCCGUCCCAUCGUCAUCGACGACAAUGACGACGAGGACAAUGGCGGCAUGCAAGUAGAAUAUUCAUCGGGACUACAGCAUCCCCAGCACGGGAUGAUGGGAUACGGACAUGCCCCAACACUCAACCCCCAAGAUCGAAUCUACCCAUCCUACCACGCCGCCAUCGAGCAGGAGAAGAAAAUUCGCAGCCGGCUGCGCGAGGAGCGCCAUGCCGCGCUCUCCGUGCUCCUGGACCGCGAGUUACUCACCAUCCAGGCCCUGGCGAAUCAGGAGACACUCCCACAAGCCCGCCGACGCUUCCUCGCCAAACUCAUGGCCCCCGAGGACCCAGACGUCGCGGCUGCCAUCCGCGCAGACCGCUUCAUCAUCCAUCACACUUCGUCGUCGUCAUCGUCUUCGUCAUCCUCGUCCGCCAUGAUGGUCAGCCGGCGCAUCGUCGAUGUACACGAGACCGACGAUGCGGGCUGGCGUCGUCCGGACACCGGCGCGGGCGCGGGUGCAUCGGCGGCCUCGUCGCCUGCGUCCUCAUCACGGACGAAAGGGAAGAUGACCCCUGACCGAGCCCGGGCUAAGGCCAAGAUGUCAUCGGGUCGACAGCAGCAGCAGCAGCAACAGCAGCGGGAGAGGGAACGGAGGAGGAGGUGGAGCGGUGCCGAGCGGGAGGAUCUGGAUAGUUUGGCUUCGCAGAGAUUCUCGCCUUGA